AUGAGAUAUGACGAAUCAUAUUUGAAAAUCGGUUUUACAGUGAUAAAUUCUGGUGAAGAAGAAAAACCGCAGUGCAUUUUGUGCUUCGAAGUGUUGGCAACUACUUCACUAAAACCCAGCAUGUUAAAGAGACACUUGGAAACUAAGCAUCCCAGUUCAACUCAAAAAGAUGCAGACUUCUUAAAACGCAAAACCGAAAGAGUGAUUGAAUCCAGACUUGGUGACUUGGAAAUGUUUUCGCAAGACAUUACGGCUGGUCUGAAGGCUUCUUAUGAGGUUUCGAGGAAAAUUGCUGCCGGCAGAUAA